GCUGAUGCACUGUGACCAGCUGGCUUCCUGCUCCUGACGCCAAGUCUAUGCCCUGGUAGAAACAUAUCUUCAAACAAAAAUGGCCACUCACCGGGAGGCCUCUGAGGAGCGGAUUUCCGAGAUUGAUUAUGAGUUUCUCCCCCAGCUCUCUGCUCUUCUCGGUGUGGAUGCAUUUCCGGUCAUAAAGAGUCAAGAAGAAGAAGAUCAUAAGGAACGAAUGAAAAUGAAGAAAGGUUUUAACUCGCACAUGCGCAGUGAGGCCAAGCGAUUAAAGACUUUCGUGACCUAUAACACGUUCAGAUCGUGGACACCACAGGACAUGGCAGCCGCUGGGUUUUACUUUACUGGGGUGAAACUUGGGGUCCAGUGCUUCUGCUGUAGCUUAAUCCUCUUUGGCACCAGCCUAAGGAAAACUCCCUUAGAAAGCCACAAGAAGUUCCGUCCAGGAUGCGACUUCCUUUUGGGCAAAGACGUCGGUAACAUCGGCAAGUAUGACAUAAGGGUGAAGAGUCCCGAGAAGCUGAGAGGUGGCAAAGCAAGGUACCAAGAAGAGGAGGCCAGGCUGGAGUCCUUUGAGAACUGGCCUUUUUAUGCCCAUGGGACAUCGCCCCGUGCGCUCUCAGCAGCUGGCUUUGUCUUCACAGGUAAAAGGGACACCGUGCAGUGUUUCUCCUGUGGUGGAUGCUUGGGAAACUGGGAAGAAGGAGAUGAUCCUUGGAAGGAGCAUGCCAAGUGGUUCCCCAAAUGUGAAUUUCUUCAAAGUAAGAAAUCCUCAAAGGAAAUUGCCCAGUAUAUUCAAAGCUACGAGGGAUUUGUCCAUGUAAUGGGAGAACACUUUUUGAAUUGCUGGGUCAGAAGAGAAUUACCUAUGGUAUCAGCUUACUGCAAUGACAGCGUCUUUGCUAAUGAAGAACUAAGGCUGGACACCUUUAAGGACUGGCCCCAUGAAUCCCCUGUGGCUGUUGAAGCUCUGGUCAGAGCAGGCCUUUUCUACACAGGCAAAAACGACAUUGUCCGGUGUUUUUCCUGUGGAGGAUGUAUGUGGAAAUGGGAGGAAGGUGAUGACCCAUUAAAUGAGCACACCAAGUUUUUUCCCAAUUGUGUGUUUCUCCAAAACCUGAAGUCCUCUGCAGAAGUGAUUUCAGCCCUUGAGAGCCAUUGCAUACCUCCGGAAGCCUUGGACACCACAGGUGAAAGCAAUCAUGAGGAUCCAGUGGCCGUUCCCUCUAUGGUGCCUGACUUGCCUCAGAGUGCAGCCCAAUGGCUUCAAGAGGCAAAGAGUCUGAGUGAGCAGCUGAGAGGAGCCUACACCAAGGCCACUUUCCGCCACAUGAAUCUGCCAGAGGUGUGUUCCAGCCUCGGCACUGACCACUUGCUUGGUUGUGACCUGUCCAUGGUUUCAAAACACAUCAGCAGGCCAGUGCAGGAGGCCGUGAUGCUUCCUGAGGUCUUCAGCAAUCUCAACUCCGUCCUGUGUGUGGAGGGGGAAACUGGCAGUGGGAAGACAACCUUCCUGAAGAAAACAGCUUUUCUCUGGGCAUCAGGAUGCUGUCCCCUGCUGAACAGGUUCCAGCUGGUCUUUUACAUCUCCCUGGGUUCCACCAGACCAGACCAGGGGCUGGCCGACAUCAUCUCUGGCCAACACCUAGAGGCAGGAGGAUGCAUUAGUGAAGUGGGCCUGAGCAGCAUCAUCCAGCAGUUAAAGCACCAGGUGCUGUUCCUGUUGGAUGACUACCAUGGGAUGGACUCACUGCCCCAAGCCAUCAAAACCCUGAUUACCAGGAACUACUUGACCCGAACCUGCUUAUUGAUCACUGUCCAUACAAACAGGGCCAGAGACAUCCGCCCAUACCUAGAUACAAUUCUAGAGAUCAAAGAGUUUCCCUUCUAUAACACAAUCUCUGUAUUACGGGAGUUAUUUUCACAUGACCUAACCCAUGUGGAAGAGUUUAUAGUUUACUUUGUAAACAAUGAAGAUUUACAGGGAAUUCACAAAACUCCUCUCUUUGUGGCAGCAGUCUGUACUGACUGGUUUCAAAAUCCUUCCGACCAGUCCCUUGAUGAUGUGGCAGUUUUCAAGUCCUAUAUGAAAUAUCUUUCCUUAAAUCACAAAGCUACACCUGAGCCUCUCAAGACCACUGUGUCCUCAUGUAGCCAGUUGGCCUUGAGAGGCCUUUUUUCAUUUUGCUUUGAGUUCAGUAGUGAUGACCUCACAGAAGCAGGUGUUGAUGAAGAUGAAGAUCUGACCACCUGCUUGAUGAGCAAAUUCUCUGCCCAGAGACUAAGACCUGUCUAUCGGUUCUUAAGUCCUUUGUUCCAAGAAUUUCUUGCUGCCAUGAGGCUAUCUGAACUCCUGGGUUCAGAAAGGCAGGAAGACCAAGAUUUGGGACUUGGUUAUUUGAGACAAAUUAACUCACCCAUGAAGGCUAUAAACUCCUAUAACAUAUUUUUGAAGUAUGUCUGUAGCCACCCUUCAUCAAAGGCAGGGCCAAAAAUUGUAUCUCAUUUGCUUCAGUUGGUGGAUGAUAAAGAGUCGCUGGAGAACAUGUCUGAAAAUGAGGAUUACAUGAAGCUCCAUCCAGAAACUUCACUGUGGAUGCAGUUUGUUAGGGGGUUGUGGCAGGUAUCUCCUGAAGCUUUCUCUUCAUUUGUUUCAGAACAUCUAUUUAACAUUGCUCUAAACUUUGCUUAUGAAAGCAACACAGUGGCUGUAUGUUCUCCAUUUAUUUUGCGAUUCCUUCGAGGGAGAACACUGGCUUUGAAAGUACUGAAUUUACAGUAUUUUGGGGACCACCCAGAAAGCCUGUUAGUGUUGAAGAGUGUAAAAUUUUCCAUAAAUGGAAAUAAGACAACAUCUCAUGUAGAUUAUGCGUCCAAGACAUAUUUUGAAAAAUUUCAGCCACCAAUUAUUGAUCAAGACUACACAUCUGCCUUUGAGCAUAUAAAUGAAUGGAAGAAAACUUUUAUUGCAUAUGAGGAGGCCAUAAAGAACCAUAUAAAUAUCCGACCCAGGGCCCUACCAGACAUCAGUGAAGGGUACUGGAAACUGUCCCCCAAGCCAUACAAGAUCCCGAGGCUGGAAGUCGGAGUGGCCAACAUGGGUCCAGCGGACCAAGCACUGCUCCGGGUCCUGAUGGAAGUCUUCUCGGCAUCACAGAAUAUCGAGCUCCAUUUGAGCCACAGCAGCGGCUUUCUUGAAAGCAUCUGCCCAGCUCUGGAGCUGAACAAGACCUCUGUCACCAAGUGCUCCAUGAGCAGACUGGAGCUCAGCUCAGCGGAACAGGAGCUGCUUCUCGGCCUGCCUGCCCUGCAGUCUCUUGAGGUCUCAGGGACAAACCAGUUACCAGGUCAACUCUUUGCUAACUUGGACAAAUUCCCAAGCCUGAAAGAACUGUCUGUGGGACUAGAUGUUAUACCAAAUGUGCUUUCUGUCAUCCCUGGAGAUUUUCCAAACCUCCACUACAUGGAGAAGUUAUCCAUCCAAACUUCCACAGAGUCUGACCUCUCCAAACUGGUUAAAUUCAUCCAGAGCUCUCCAAAUCUUCAUGUUUUCCACCUGGAAUGUGAUUUCUUUUCGAAUUGUGAGUCUCUCAUGACUGUGCUUGCUUCCUGCAAGAAACUCAGAGAGAUUGAGUUUUCUGGGCAAUGCUUUGAAGCCAUGCAAUUUGUCACUAUUUUGCCAAAUUUUGUUUCCCUGAAGAUACUGAAUCUUAAACGCCAACAAUUUCCAGAUAAGGAAACAUCAGAAAAGUUUGCACAGGCUCUGGGUUCUCUCAGGGACCUGGAGGAACUGCUCCUUCCUACUGGAGUCGGGAUUCACCAAGUGGCCAAACUGAUUGUCCGGCAGUGUCUGCAGCUUCGGUGUCUCCGAGUUCUUGCCUUUCAUCACACCUUGGAUGAUGACAGUGUGAUGGAAAUCGCCAAGGGAGCAACCAGCGGAGGUUUCCAGAAACUUGAGACCUUAGAUCUUUCAAUGAAUCACAGGAUUACAGAGGAAGGGUACAGACAUUUCUUUCAAGCCCUGGACAACCUGCCAAACUUGCAAGUGCUCAACAUCUGCAGGCGAAUCCCAGAUUCCAUCCAAGUUCAGGCCACCACUGUGAAGGCUCUGAGUCAGUGUGUGUCCCGACUGCCCAGCCUCACCAGGCUUGAGAUGCUCAGUUGGCUCCUGGAUGAAGAGGACAUGAAAGUGAUUAAUGCUGUGAAGGAGAGACACCCUCAGUCCAGACGCUUGACUGUCUUCUGGAAAUGGAUAGUGCCCUUCUCUCCUGUCAUUCAGAAGUAAAUGAUGUAGCCAAAGGCUACCAGUGGUUCUGGAAACCCAAUUUUUCAAUGCAUCUCACUCUAGCCGAGUGUGGGAUAAUGCCAGAAUUUAGGACACUGAGGCAGGAGAUACCAGCUUGGGUUAUAUACUAAGACCAUGCCUCCAAACUAAAAACAAUACCAAACCAUUUUACUAAUGAUUGCAUAUACAAGACUGCUUAUUCACUAUGGAAAACUGAUAAUUUUUUCCUUUAUUUUUACUUUAUAUAAUGGGUGUUUUUGCC